AUCUGUGUAUCUUUCACCCGCCCACACACACCAAUGCACACUCACACACACAAACACACAUUAAAGAAUCCGGCGGAGGAUAGAGAUAGUCCUGAUCUCAGUCCAAAUCAAGAUCAAGAUCAAGACCAAGAUCAAGUUCAGCCUAGCGAAUGCAUUUGAUUGCCGCUGUUUAGCUCGCUGUGCAGCCGUUACCAUCAGAAUGCGCAUCCGCAUCCGUAAAUGUGUCCACAUCCGUAUCUGAAUGCGAGAAGAGUUCGCUUGGGUGACGCUGACGACAAAUGACACGUACUCACUGGGUGCCUUGGUUUUGGCCCACUCCCUGAAGAGGGCCAAGACCGCCCAUCAGCUAGCCGUUUUGGUCACGCCCAAUGUCUCGCAGGCGAUGCGCGACAGACUGACGGAGGUCUACAACGUGGUGCAGGAGGUCAAUGUGCUCGACUCACAGGAUGCCGCCAACCUGGCGCUCCUCUCCCGCCCCGAACUGGGCGUGACCUUCACAAAGCUCCACUGCUGGCGCCUCGUUCAGUUCGAGAAGUGCGUCUUCCUGGAUGCGGAUACACUGGUCUUGCAAAACUGCGACGAGCUGUUCGAGCGCGAGGAACUGUCGGCUGCUCCAGAUGUCAGCUGGCCCGACUGCUUCAACUCCGGCGUGUUUGUCUUCAAACCGAGCGUGUACACCUUUGCCCAGAUCACAGAGUUCGCCGUGAAGAAUGGAAGCUUCGAUGGCGGUGACCAGGGUCUGCUGAAUCAGUUCUUUGCCGACUGGUCGACGGCGGACAUCAAGAAGCAUUUGCCAUUUGUGUACAAUGUGACGGCCUAUGCCUCGUACUGUUAUCUGCCCGCCUUCAAACAGUUCAGAGAUAAGAUUAAGAUUUUGCAUUUCGCCGGCAAGCUGAAGCCAUGGCUGAUUCAGUUCAACUCGGAGACAAAGGUGGCCAGCGUUUCGUCGGAGUAUGCCCAUGCCCAGGAUCUGAUUCAGCUGUGGUGGAACAUCUUCUGCGAAAAUGUCAUCCAGUCUCUGUCCACCGAAAUGUGCCUUUGCCUAAAUAUAAUACGCACGCAAAGCGAAUUUGCGGCGGAUGAGCUGCAUCAGCGGCAGCAGCAUGAGUACUACCAGCAGCAGCAGCUGCACCACCAGCUGUUGCAUGUGCGCCAGUUCCGCGAUCCCUGGGCAGAUUACUAUGAGAAUCUGGAGAAGGAGCUGCAGGAGCAGGAACAACGGCGGCAUCAGCAGCAGCAGCACCACAAUCCCAGCCAGAAUCACAGCCAGGACAAUGGGAAUGCGGAUGCGACUGCGAUUGCGAAUGAGAUUGAAAAUGAGAACGAUAGCACGAUUGCAAAUGCAAAUGCAAACGCGAAUGCCACUGUGUGGCAUCAUGACGAUGCAUGCCACCCACCUCCGUCGACGAGUCCUUCGCCCCAAACCCAAAAUCAAGCCCACAAUGCCAAUGCCACUGCCAAUGCCGAAGGCUUUUCAUCCGUAGAUGUGAAUAGCAAUGAGCUAAACAUUUCACAGCCACCUGAACACGCCUCCUCCUCCUCCGACACAGCCACGCCCACGCCCACGCCCACUGCCAAUGCCACGCCCUCGCAAACGCCCACGCCCACGCCCACGCCUCAUCAUUCCGUGCAUAGUCAGACAGUAGAAAAAGCGACAAACCACCAACAAGAACAUGAAGUUGCAGCCACAACGCCGCCUGAGGCGGGUCUGGCUGGUGCUCUGUCACAGCUCCGCAUCGGUCAGCAGCGAACUCCCGAACAGGAGGCCUACGAGAACCAGAUGCGCCGCCAGUGCUGGGAGUCCGGACAGAUUGACUACUCCGGUGCCGAUUCGUUCGAGAACAUAUGGAAGAAGAUAUCGCAGACGCUGGAGAGGAAGACCGAGAAGGAGUCGGAAGAAACUGGUAGCUCAUAGAUACAAAACCGAAACUAAACAGAACAAACAAAUGCAAAUCGUUCGUUAUUCGUCGUUUUGUUGCCAUUUUUUUCUUGUACACGCACACACGUACAGCACACUCAACCACUGCGUCCCCCCCUCUUCACCUAAAAUGAAAGUCCCCCCCGCCCCACACACAGACCAGAGCCAAACACGCACACAAUCGUAUUUCCAAACCCCCAUCCCCUUUGGGAGGCAGGCGCACUGUUGCCAAUGCCAAGGAGCACCCGGUCUAAUUGAAAUUUAAGGUUUGGCCAAAAAAUGUUGUCGAAACGAAUUCUUCAGAGUGUCAUAAAUGCAAUUUUUAUUUGCCUCCCCCCUUACACACCCAUACACGCACACACACACGCAACUUGUUAAAAAAAAUGAGCGAGAAAGCAGAGAAAUUUUAAUUAAGUUUUCAAAUUAAACUUUUUGCACUGCUGCUGCUCUCGACAUACGUGAUGUGUUGCGAUGUGUAUGUGGGCGACACACUUGGCACAGUUGCCCCAAUCGCCUCCCCCCAAGCCCCCGCCCCUUUUUUCCUUUCCCUCGGACAAAAUCGAGAAAAAAUGAGCACACUUGGCCCGGCCACAAAGUUUUACACUUCAUUGUAUUUUAAUUGAAAUUUUUGUACUUUCACCCUCUCGUGUGCUUACCGAUUUAUGGCGAUGACUUUCCAGCUCAUCUGCAUCAAAACUCAUUGCGGCAUAAAGGCCAUUUCCUGUCCUUGCCUCCCCUUUCCCUGCCCUUUUUCCCUAACUGUUCCAACACAUAUGUACAUAUGUUUUUCCUAUGAAUAAAAUGCAAACAAUGAGUGUAUACAAUAACUUUAGAAAAGAUAAACGAAAACCAUUUAAAAUAAAGUAAAAAAUCAAAACUGAAA